GCCAGGACUGUUUUAGUCUUGAAAUGACCUGCUAUGUAAAAAGAUUUCGUGUUGACAUCUUUCGAGUCACUAUCGAUUGCAACGUUAGCACUCUUGAUGUGUAGCAUUUGCUAGAUUGCUACCAUUGUCGCGAAGUUAGCGCUUAGCGAGUUUACACUUUACAGGUCAUAUUGCUGGCUAGGAAGACACACUAGCACGUUAACGUUACUGUUAUCCUAGUGUUGUAGUCAGCAGCGUCUUGUGGUCAUCUCGUCAGGGAGCUAGCAUAGAGGUAGCUAGCAUAGAGAGAUAAUUUAGUGUAUCUUUCAUCAGUGGUAACCAACGCGCCUUAGUGGUAUUGUAAAUGAAACAUGCUGUUAAGUUGGAUUUGCCAAAUCAUUUACAGAGCAGCGAGUAGAAACUAGUGACCAUGAAGGUUGACAGAAGCAAAUUAAAGAAGACUCCCACUGAAGCGCCUGCCGACUGCAGGACGCUGAUCGAGAGGCUGAAAGGAUGCAGCGACGAACAGCUGCUCCUGGAGCUGCAGCAGAUCAAGACCUGGAACAUCGGCAAGUGUGAGCUUUACCAUUGGGUGGACCUGCUUGACCGAUUCGAUGGGAUCCUGUGUGACGCCGGACAGACAGUGGAAAACAUGUCCUGGAUGCUGGUGUGCGAUCGGCCGGACAACAGCCAGCUCAAAGCCCUCUUGUUGGCUGUGCUCAAUUUCACGGCCUUGCUGAUUGAGUAUAGCUUCUCAAGACACCUGUACAGUUCCAUAGAGCACCUGACCACCUUGCUAGCCUCCUGUGACAUGCAGGUGGUCUUGUCAGUGUUGAACCUGCUGUAUGUCUUUAGCAAGCGCUCCAACUACAUCACUAGAUUAGGCUCCGACAAGAGAACGCCUCUGCUCGCCCGUCUGCAACACCUGGCUGAGAGCUGGGGAGGCAAAGAGAAUGGCUUUGGCCUGGCGGAGUGCUGCAGAGAUCUGCCCAUGUCGAAGUACCCCCCUAGUGCCACGACUCUGCACUUUGAGUUCUAUGCUGAGCCCAGCGCUGAGGUCAAAGUGGAGCGGAAGUCGAGCAGUAACACGUUACACUACAUUCAUAUUGAACAACUGGAUAAGAUCUCGGAGAGCCCGUCUGAGAUUAUGGAGUCGCUGACGGUCAUGUACAACAUCCCAAAGGACAAGCAGACUCUGCUCUUCACACACAUUCGCCUGGCCCACGGCUUCUCCAACCACAAGAAGCGGCUGCAGGCUGUCCAGGCCAGACUACACGCCAUCUCCAUCCUCGUGUACUCUAAUGCCCUCCAAGAAUCUGCCAACAGUAUCCUCUACAACGGCUUGAUAGAGGAACUAGUGGAUGUACUGCAGAUCACAGACAAACAGCUAGUGGACAUCAAGGCUGCCUCUCUACGCACUUUGACGUCUAUAGUUCAUCUGGAGCGGACGCCAAAGCUUUCUAAUAUCAUCGACUGCACCGGCACAGCCUCUUACCACGGCUUUCUGCCAGUGCUUGUGCGCAACUGCAUACAGGCCAUGAUCGAUCCUCUCAUGGAGCCGUACCCACACCAGUUUGCCACGGCACUCUUCUCAUUCCUAUACCACCUGGCUAGCUACGACGCCGGUGGGGAAGCGCUGGUCUCCUGUGGCAUGAUGGAGGCCCUGCUCAAGGUGAUCAAGUUCCUGGGGGACGAACAGGACCAGAUUACCUUUGUGACGCGAGCAGUGCGUGUUGUGGACCUUAUCACCAACCUGGACAUGGCUGCCUUUCAGUCUCACAGCGGCCUUUCCAUAUUCAUCUGCAGACUAGAGCAUGAGGUGGACCUGUCCAGAAAGGAGUGCCCAUUUGUCAUCAAGCCAAAGAUCCAGAGGCCCAGCACGACAGCGGACACAGAGGACAUGGACACAGACAUGGACAUGUCUGAGGUUUUCAUGGAGAGCAGCCCUGGGCCUUCCACGUCUGCCGGCACCAAAACCGACUCAGACACUCGAGCACAGAGCAGCACGGCCUCUACACCUAGAGCAGGUGUCCAGUGCAUCCCACAGAGGGCAGCUCUGUUGAAGUCCAUGUUGAAUUUCCUAAAGAAAGCCAUUCAGGACCCAGCCUUCUCGGAUGGCAUCCGUCAUGUAAUGGAUGGGUCCUUGCCUACCUCACUCAAGCACAUCAUCAGUAAUGCCGAGUAUUACGGGCCCUCACUCUUCCUCCUCGCUACGGAGGUGGUGACAGUGUUUGUGUUCCAGGAGCCCUCUCUGCUUUCCUCUCUACAGGACAAUGGCCUCACUGAUGUCAUGCUGCACGCGCUGCUCAUCAAAGACACUCUCUCUCUCUCUCUGCAGGUCCCUGCCACCAGGGAGGUGCUGGGCUCCCUGCCCAACGUCUUCAGCGCCCUGUGCCUCAACGCCCGCGGCCUGCACUCGUUUGUGCAGUGCCAGCCCUUCGAGCGCCUCUUCAAGGUGCUGCUGUCCCCUGACUACCUGCCCGCCAUGCGCCGCAGACGCAGCUCCGACCCACUGGGAGACACUGCUUCCAACCUGGGCAGUGCAGUGGACGAGCUGAUGAGACACCAACCCACUCUGAAGACCGACGCCACAACAGCCAUAAUUAAGUUGCUGGAGGAGAUUUGUAACCUGGGCCGAGCCCCUGAGUACAUCUGCCAGAAGCCGUCCAUCCAGAAGGCGGACGGCACGGUGGUGGUGGCCUCCACGCGCUCCAACCAUGCGGCCGAGGAGGCCUCCAGCGAGGACGAGGAAGAGGAGGAGGCCCUCCACACCUUCAGCCAGCAGCAGGGGGAGCCGGAGAGCAACAGACAGUUAGUUCACAUUCCGUCUCGUGGCGUUUGUGUGAACAGGAGCCCUUUAGUGGUUGGUACUGAGGAGAGAAUCCCCAUUCCCCUCAUGGAUUAUAUUCUGAAUGUGAUGAAGUUUGUAGAGUCCAUCCUUAGCAACAACACAACCGAUGACCACUGCCAGGAGUUUGUGAACCAGAAGGGCCUGCUGCCCCUGGUCUCAAUCCUUGGCCUGCCGAACCUACCGAUCGACUUCCCCACUUCCCCUGCGUGUCAGGCCGUGGCGGGAGUCUGCAAGUCCAUACUUACUCUGUCCCAUGAGCCCAAGGUGCUGCAGGAGGGCCUGUGCCAGCUGGACAGCAUCCUGACGGCGCUGGAGCCGUUGCACCGGCCCAUCGAGGUGCCAGGUGGCUCGGUGCUGCUGCGCGAGCUGGCCAACGCCGGCCACGUCACCGACGCCACGCUCUCGGCCCGCGCCACGCCGCUCCUGCACGCGCUCACCGCCGCCCACGCCUACAUCCUCAUGUUUGUCCACACCUGUCGAGUUGGACAGAGCGAGAUCAGGGCCAUCUCGGUGAAUCAGUGGGGCUCCCAGCUUGGCCUGAGUGUGCUGAACAAACUGAGUCAGCUGUACUGCUCGCUGGUGUGGGAGAGCACCGUGCUGCUGUCCCUCUGCACACCCAACAGCCUGCCCCCUGGUUGUGAGUUCGGCCAGGCUGACAUGCAGAAACUGGUCCCCAAGGAGGAGAAGCCAUCAGGCAGCAGCAGCAGCAGCGCUGCAUCCUCUAGCAGGAGAACCGCAGAGGCAGAUGCACUGGGAGUGGACCCCUCAGCCCAAGGCCUGCUGGAGGGUAUGGGUCUAGACGGAGACACCCUGGCCCCCAUGGAGACAGAUGAGCCCACUGCGACUGACCCCAAGGCCAAGUCCAAACUCACCCCAGCCAUGGCCACACGUAUCAAGCAGAUCAAACCUUUGCUCUCAGCUUCCUCGCGGCUAGGCCGUGCUCUGGCCGAGCUCUUCGGGCUGUUGGUCAAGCUGUGCGUGGGCUCGCCCGUGCGCCAGCGCCGCUCGCACCACACCACCAGCACGGGCACAGCCCCCACCCCCGCCGCCCGUGCCACCGCAUCCUCCCUCACCAAGCUUCUCACCAAGGGCCUGAGCUGGCAGCCGCCACCCUACACGCCCACGCCACGCUUCAGGCUGACGUUCUUUAUCUGCUCUGUGGGCUUCACGUCCCCGAUGUUGUUUGAUGAGAGGAAGUACCCAUAUCACCUCAUGCUGCAGAAGUUCUUCUGCUCUGGCGGCCAUGAUGCCCUGUUCGAGACGUUUAACUGGGCCCUGUCCAUGGGAGGGAAGGUGCCUGUGUCUGAGGGGCUGGAGCACACUGACCUGCCUGACGGCACGGGAGAGUUCCUGGACGCCUGGCUCAUGUUGGUGGAGAAGAUGGUGAACCCCAGCACCGUGCUGGACUCUCCCCACUCCUUGCCCGCCAAGGUGCCCGGAGCCACUGCUACCGCGCCCCAGUUCAGCGCCCUGCGCUUCCUCAUUGUCACCCAAAAGGCGGCCUUCAGCUGCAUCCGUAGCCUGUGGAACCGCAAGCCGCUGAAGGUGUACGGCGGCCGCAUGGCCGAGUCCAUGCUGGCCAUCCUGUGUCACAUCCUGCGCGGCGAGCCAGUCAUCCAGGAGCGGCUGGCCAAGGAACGCGAGGGCACCGUGCGCCCCGAAGAGGAGACCAGCUCCGCCGCCGGGACGGCCGGCACUGCAGCCCCGGCCGCCGGAGGGCCCACCGUAGAGGGGGGUGCCCCCACAGCCACCACCGCGCCGGCUCCAGGAGCGGCAGACGAGGCCAACAGCUCCACACCGCGGAGAGAACCGCAGGUCAACCAAGCUCAGCUCACACAGCUGAUGGACAUGGGCUUCUCCAGAGAGCACGCCAUGGAGGCCCUGCUCAACACCAGCACCAUGGAGCAGGCCACUGAGUACCUCCUCACUCACCCCCCACCCCUGCUCAGCGCAGCAGUCAGGGAGUUUGCCAUGUCUGAAGAGGAUCAGAUGAUGAGAGCCAUAGCCAUGUCUCUGGGACAGGAGGUCAGCAUGGAUCAGCGCUCUGACUCCCCCGAGGAGGCGGCGCGUCGGCGCGAAGAGGAAGAGCGCAGGGCGCGGGAGCGGGCCGAGGAAGAGGAGGCGCGCUGCCUGGAGCGCAUUCUGGAGGCUGAGCCCAUCGACAGCACCGAGCUGCACGCCUUCACCGACACCAUGCUGCCUGGCUGCUUCCACCUGCUGGACGAGCUGCCCGACACCGUGUACCGCCUGUGCGACCUGCUCAUGACCGCCAUCAAGCGCAGCGGCCCCGAGUACCGUGACCUCAUCCUCCGGCAGGUCGUCAACCAGGUGUGGGAGGCUGCUGAUGUUCUGAUCAAGGCUGCAGUGCCGCUCACCACCAGCGACACAAAGACCGUGUCCGAGUGGACCCGGCAGAUGGCUACCCUGCCUCAGGCCUCCAACCUGGCCACGCGCAUCCUUCUGCUCACACUGCUCUUUGAGGAGCUGAAGCUGUCAUGUGCGCGGGUGGUAGAGAACAGUGGGGUGCUGGCUGUGCUCAUUAAGCUGCUGGAGGUGGUGCAGCCCUGCCUGCAGGCGGCCAAAGAGCAGAAGGACAUCCAGACUCCGAAGUGGAUCACCCCCGUGCUCCUGCUCAUUGACUUCUAUGAGAAAAUGGCAGUCUCCUCUAAACGGAGAGCUCAAAUGAACAAGUAUUUGCAGCCCAAUGGCAACAACUGGCGCUGGUUUGAUGACCGCUCAGGCCGUUGGUGCAGCUACAGCGCGAGCAACAACAGCACCAUCGACUCGGCCUGGCGCGCCGGGGAGACCAGCGUGCGCUUCACCGCCGGCCGGCGCCGAUACACCGUGCAGUUCAACACCAUGGUGCAGGUAAACGAGGAGACAGGGAACCGUCGGCCGGUGAUGCUGACUUUGCAGAGAAUGCCACGUGCCCCCAAGCCCUCCAAAGCUGGCAGCGCCACUGACGCGGACAGGGAGGAGGGAGAGCGCGAGCGUGCCAAGACUGAGGACGCCCAGGCUGAUGCAGAAUCUGCGUCCACGGCCGUGGAGAUGGCCCCACCCAAAGAGGAGACGGAGCAGAAGGAAUCGUCUACGUCGUCCUCCGCAACGCCCGUGGCCGCCCAGGACUCCUCGUCGCCGGCGGCGUCCGAGACUGGCGCCAUCGUGGUGCAGGGCCUGACGGAGGAGAUGACUACGGUGCUGAUCCGCGCCUGCGUGAGCAUGAUCAGCGUGCCGGUGGACCCGGACACGCUGCACGCCACGCUGCGGCUCUGCCUGCGGCUGACGCGCGCCCACCAGUACGCCAUGAUGUUCGCCGAGCUCAAGAGUACGCGCAUGAUCCUGGGCCUGACCCAGAGCUCGGGCUUCAACGGCUUCACACCGCUCGUCACGCUGCUCUUCCGACACAUCAUCGAGGACCCGGCCACUCUCCGACACACCAUGGAGAAGGUGGUGCGUUCUGCUGUGACCAGUGGGGCUGGGAGCACCACCUCAGGCGUGGUGUCCGGCAGCCUAGGCUCGCGGGAGAUCAACUACAUCCUGCGGGUGCUGGGACCGGCCGCCUGCCGCAACCCCGAGUGCUUCACAGACACGGCCAAUAGCUGCGUGCGCAUCGCUCUGCCCGCCCCGAGGGGUGCAGGUACAGCAUCAGAUGACGAGUUUGAGAACCUGAGGAUCAAAGGGCCCAAUGCAGUACAGCUGGUAAAGACUACCCCCCUGAAGCUGUCUCCCUUACCAUCCAUUCCUGACACCAUCAAAGAGGUCAUCUAUGACAUGCUCAACGCCCUGGCAGCCUACCACGCCCCUGAAGAGGCGGAGAGAGGAGAGGAGCGUGCUGCACCUGUGCCUGGAGGUCAGGACCUGUGCCAGAUCCUGCAGGAUGUUGGAGACGACGUGUACCAGCAGUAUAGGCUCACGCGCCAGGGCAGCGACUUCGACUCGCAGUCGGCCUUCCACAUCAACACUCAGGUGUUUGCUGCAGAUGGAGCCGUGGCAGAAUCCUCCCAGUCUGGCACUCCACAAGGAGAAGCGUCCACGCCAGAGGAGAUGCGCGAGGAGAAGAAGGACCAGGAGGGCGAUAAGAGCGCCGCCUCGGAGGAGAGCCGCGCUGCCAAGGCCAAGGCCAGCAAGCCGCUCAUGCCCACCUCCACCAUCUUGCGCCUGCUGGCCGAGCUGGUGCGCUCCUACGUGGGCAUCGCCACCCUCAUCGCCUCCUACAGCUACACUGCCGGGCAGUCCGAGCUCAUUAAGGAGGACUGCAGCGUGCUGGCCUUCGUUCUGGACCACCUGCUGCCGCACACGCAGAACUCUGAGGACAAGGACACACCCGCCCUGGCCCGCCUCUUCCUGGCCAGCCUGGCGGCCGCCGGCACUGGCACCGACGCUCAGGUGGCGCUGGUCAACGAGGUGAAGGCUGCCCUGAGCCGAGCGCUGGCCAUGGCAGAGGGCACAGAGAAACAUGCCCGCCUGCAGGCUGUGAUGUGCAUCAUCAGCACCAUCAUGGAGUCGUGCCCAUCCACCUCCAGCUUUUACAGCACGGCCACCACCAAGACGCAGCACAACGGCAUGAACAACAUCAUCCGCCUCUUCCUCAAGAAGGGUCUGGUUAAUGACCUUGCCCGCGUGCCACACAGUCUCGACCUCUCCAGUCCUAACAUGGCAAACACCGUGAAUGCCGCCCUGAAGCCCUUGGAGACGCUUUCCCGCAUUGUCAACCAGCCCAGCAGCCUGUUUGGGGGCAAAGGAGGCUCCAGCAAGAACAAGACGGAGCAUGACACUGUUGGCACCACCAGAGAUAGCAACAGCAACACCCAAGACCAAGGCGAGGUGGGCGAGGCAGAGCCUGUGGAGAGCCGCCACCGGGGCCAGGGGACGGACGCUGACCUGAUGGACGGGGAGACGGAGGGGGACACGGUGGUGAUCGCCGGGCAGCCCGAGGUCCUCAGCACACAGGCCAUGCAGGUGGGCUCACCUGUCGUUCGCUGCAUGAGAGUGGAGAAUGAACUAGUGGAUUUGAUAGAUGAACUUCUAGAGGGAGACCCAGGCACUGUCAAUAGUACUAUAAUUGUUGGACCCAGUGGAGAAGACGAAUCUCAAGAGGAUGUGUUGAUGGAUGAAGCUCCUUCCAACAUGAGUCAAGCCUCCACACUACAGGCCAACAGAGAGGACUCCAUGAACAUCCUGGAGCCUGAGGAUGAGGAGCACACCCAGGAGGAAGACUCCAGUGGCAGCAACGAAGACGAAGACAGCCAGGAUGAAGAAGAGGAGGAGGAGGAGGAAGAGGAGGAGGAUCAGGAUGAUGAAGAGGGAGAUGAGGAUGAUGACGAUGAAGGCUCAGAGAUGGAACUAGACGAAGACUUCCCUGACAUCAACUCUGCUCCUCACAUUCGCUUUGAGAGGUUCGACCGCGAUGAUGACCUCAUCAUCGAGUUUGACAACAUGUUCUCGACCAACGCUGACAUCCCUCCCUCCCCAGGCAACAUCCCCAGCUCCCACCCGCUGAUGGUGCGCCACGCCGACCACGGCUCGCUCACGCUGGGUGGUGCGGGCAGCAGCAGCCGUCUUGCCCAGGGCAUGGGCCGCAGCCAGCGCACCCUGCGCCAGCUCACCGCCAACACCGGCCACACCAUCCACGUGCACUACCCCGGCAACCGCCAGCCCAACCCGCCUCUCAUCCUGCAGAGGUUGCUGGGUCCCAGCGCUGCUGCGGACAUCCUGCAGCUGUCCAACUCUCUGCCGCUGCAGUCCCGAGGCCGCACGCGUCUCCUGGUGGGCAACGAGGACGUGCACAUCAUCGCCCGCUCGGAUGACGAGCUGCUCGAUGACUUCUUCCACGAGCAGAGCAGCACGGGUGGACAGGCUGGCACUCUCUCCAGUAUUCCCACUGCCUUAACCCGCUGGACAGAUGAGUGUAAAGUGUUGGAUGCGGAGAGCAUGCAUGAUUGUGUAGCUGUGGUGAAGGUGCCCAUUCUGCAGCACCUGGAGGGCCUGCGGGACGAGGAGCUGGAGGAGCGCCGGGAAAAGAGGAGACGGCAGCUGGCCGAGGAAGAGGAGGCCAAGCAGAACGAGAGGAGUACCUCCGCUGGAGAGGAGAGCAGGGAGCAGAGCCUACAGGGCUCUGGCCUGGGAACCGUAAACGGAGCCGGAGAGAACACUGCAGAAGGGGAGCAGGCUCAGGGCGGCGUCUCGUCCAGCCUGGACCAGCCGCGCACCUCCGAGGGUUUCCUGACGGCCCCACCGUCCGGAGAGGUCACCCCCACCACGCCUGCGCCUCACGAGCAGGCCCUGGUCUCCUUGGAGACGGCCAUCAGCCAGCAGGUGCACCAGCCAAUCGCGGAGCUGCUGCUGGCCGAGUCGCAUGGCGAUUCGCUGGGGGCACUGGCGGGCGCGGGACUCGGCCAGCUACCAGCGCCUGACCGACCCAACUGCGAAGCCGAGGCCUCUCAGAUGGAGAUGUCCCCCGCGCCCACUAUCGGUGAGGGAGGGGGAGAAAGAGGAGGAGGAGGAGCGUUGGAGGCAGUCAGGGAAGCCUCUCUCAGUCCAGACAUUGCUGAGAGUUCUGAACCCGUGCCAGUGGGCGUGUCACAAUUGGAGGGGUCUCCCAUGGACACCAGCAGCCCUGCUUCUGCCACACAGGAAGAGCCGGCCGCUAGUUCGGCACCUGCCAAUCAGAUGUCCCAGGAGCUAUCUGGGAGCGGUGACAGCGGGUUGACCGACAGGCAGACAGACGCUGAGACUGGGCUGCUGUCUGCCUCCAGCUCCACAUCUGUCUCGUCGCCCGGAGAGACCAUGCCACGGAGUGAUAGUGCUGACAGCCAGUCGCAGGCUAUCCAGGAGGAGCCCCUGCCAUCUACCAGCAACGAUGAGGAUGACCCGCUGGCAGGUAUCAGUUUGCCUGAGGGUGUGGACCCCUCAUUCCUGGCCGCCCUUCCCGAGGACAUCCGUCGGGAGGUUCUGCAGAAUCAGCUGGGCAUCAGGCCUCCGUCUCGCGCCACCACCGCCACCCUGCCCUCUGCCGCUACUCCCGUACUCGGGGGAGGGGCCGGCAUCACUGAGGUCAGCCCAGAGUUCCUGGCUGCUCUGCCACCUGCCAUCCAGGAAGAGGUGCUGGCCCAGCAACGUGCGGAGCAGCAAAGGCGUGAGCUCUCGCAGCAGCCCACCACGGGCGACCAGCCCCUGGACCCGGUCACCUUUAUCCAGACACUGCCGUCGGAACUGCGGCGCAGCGUCCUGGAGGACAUGGAGGACAGCGUGCUGGCUGUCAUGCCGCCGGACAUCGCCGCCGAGGCGGCAGCGUUGCGUCGCGAGCAGGAGGCGCGCCAGAGGCAGCUCAUGCAUGAGCGCCUCUUCGGCCAUAGUUCCUCGUCCGCGCUGUCGGCCAUCCUGCGCUCACCCGCCUUCACCAGCCGCCUGGGCGGCAACCGCGGCGUCCAGUACACGCGCCUGGCCGUGCAGCGGGGCGGGACCUUCCAGAUGGGCGGAGGAGCCAACCACAGCCGCCCCUCCAGCUCCAAUGUGGACUCCCUGCUGCGUCUGCGCGGGCGCCUGCUCCUGGAUCACGAGGCGCUCUCCUGCCUGCUGGUGCUGCUCUUCGUGGACGAGCCCAAGCUCAACACCAGCCGGCUGCACCGCGUGCUGCGCAACCUGUGCUACCACUCGCAGACACGCGGCUGGGUCAUCCGCAGCCUGCUGUCUAUCCUGCAGCGCAGCAGCGAGAGCGAGCUCUGCCUGGACACCAGCACCGCCAUGGCAGCGGCCGCCGCCUCCGGAUCGUCCCGCUUGGACGAGGCCUCUGGCAGGGGCAGCAAGCGAGCGCUGGGCCAGGGGAGCAGCAGCAGCAGUAAAGGCUCGUCCUCGGCCCAGGCCUCCAUGGCCUCUUCGUCCUCGUCGUCGUCCUCUUCGUCCUCGUCGCCCUCGUCGCUGGAGCUGCUGAACCGCGUGGAGUCGCGCAGCUCCAGCCAGCUCUCCUGGCUCUCCGUCUCCAUGGAUGCGGCGCUGGGCUGCCGCACCAACAUCUUCCAGAUCCAGCGCGCCUCGGGCCGCAAGCACGCCGACCGCCACCCACAGGGCAGCAGCGGGGUCAGCUCGGGGCUGGCCGCCGGGACGGGGAUCGGCAGUGGAGGGAUGUGUUCUGGAGGCGGGGGAUCUACUGUACACAUCCACCCGCAGGCGGCACCCGUUGUGUGCCGACACGUACUGGACACGCUUAUCCAGCUCGCCAAGGUAUUCCCCAGCCACUUCACCCAGCAGCGCUGUAAGGACCUGCUCACCGCCUCCUCCUCAGACCUGGACGCCCGCCUGUGCGGCAGCGCCUCCAGCUCCAGCUGUCGUACCCAGGGCAACUCUUCAUCCUCGCCCCUCUCCGCAGCCGCCCACAACUCCCUAGGCGGCGGCUCGUCCGCCUCCUGCAUGGUGGGCACGGCGCAGUCCCUGGGUAUCUCCACCGACUUCUGGGACCUGCUGGUCAAGCUGGACAACAUGAACGUGAGCCGCAAGGGCAAGGCCUCCAUGAAGACUGUGCCACUGGGGGGCGCUGGCGAGGCGGAGGGCGGCGGCCUGAGCCUAGAGGCGUCGCCGCUGGGUCAGCUGAUGAACAUGCUCUCGCACCCGGUCAUCCGCCGCAGCUCACUGCUCACCGAGAAGCUGCUGCGACUGCUCUCGCUCAUCUCAAUAGCGCUGCCCGACAACAAGGCCACCGAGGUGCCCGCUGCGCACCCCACGCCGCAGACGCCCGCCACCAUGGCAGCCGGCGCCACCGCCACGGCCGUGGCCACAAUAGCGGGCACAGCCACGGGCUCAGCAUCCGUUACAGCCGCUGCGGCAGGGGCCCCAGCUGUUCCGGCGGCCGCCACGCAAGGAGUAGUCACGGGGACGGGAGCGGCAGCCGCACAGCCGCCCGUCUCCAGCAGCAGCUCAGCUGGACCCAACGCCAGCAGUAGCACCACCACCAUAGCGAUUUCAGGAGGGAAGCAGAAGAUGGCAGCAGCAGCAGCAGCCGCCGCAGCAGCAUCAGCAAGCAGCACAGAGGCCGACUCCAAGCUGGCCUCUGCGGGCCUCACUGAGAAACAGCUGCAGCUGUCUGUGGAGGUGCUGACGUCUCACUCGUGUUCUGAGGAGGGUCUGGAGGAUGCAGCCAACAUCCUGCUGCAGCUGUCCCGAGGGGAUGGCCUAACACGUGACACUGUCCUCCGCCUGCUGUUGACUGGAGCGCGUCACCUGGGAUACACUCUCUGCAAACAGAUCGGCACUUUAUUGGCAGAGCUGAGGGAGUAUAAUCUGGAGCAGCAGAGGAGAGCCCGGGCCGAUGCCCAGUCUCCUGAAUCAGCACACGAAGACCCCUCCCUCACCGGCCGCCUCAAGGGCAAGAUGACCAGCAGGUUUGACGGUCAGGAGAACGUGGUGAUUGUGGCGGCGCAGAAGCGCCCACUGGGUGGCCGUGAGCUGCAGCUGCCCUGCAUGAGCUCGCUCACCUCCAAGACGUCCACACAGAAGUUCUUCCUGCGCGUGCUGCAGGUCAUCAUCCAGCUGCGCGAGGACACGCGCCGCGCCAACAAGAAGGCCAAGCAGACCGGACGACUUAGCUCCACCAGUCUGGGCUCAGCCAGCAGCAUCCAGGCUGCGGUGCGUCAGCUGGAGGCCGAGGCCGACGCCAUCAUUCAGAUGGUGAGAGAGGGCCAGCGGGCUCGCCGCCUGCAGCAGGCCCCCCCACCCACCUCCACCACCACUACCACCUCCUCCUCCGCCGCCGCCGCUGCUGCUGUUGCUGUGUCUGCCGGACCCUCAGCCCCGCCUGCCCCUGCUGCCACGGUCCCGGCAGCCGCUGUCGCCCACAGCGCCCCCCCUCCCGGCACGGCCAGCACCGCCACGUCUGAGGUGCAUUCAGCGUCUGAGCCCCCCUCCGCCCAGCGAGACGACUCCCCCAUGGAUGUGGACCAGCCCUCGCCCCAGGAGCAGGACGGAGCACCUCUGGGAGAGGAGGGCAGCAGCCAGGCGGAGCAGGAGGAGCGUCUGCCCGACCUGCCCCUGCUCAGCGAGCAGCUGCUGCUGGACGAGCUGUGGGACAUGCUGGGCGAGUGCCUGAAGGAGCUGGAGGAGUCGCACGACCAGCAUGCGGUUCUGGUGUUACAGCCAGCGGUGGAGGCCUUUUUCCUUGUGCAUGCAACGGAGCGUGAGAGCAAGCCGCCGGUGCGAGACACCCGAGAGAGCCAACUGUCCCACAUCAAGGAUGAGCCGCCGCCACUGUCGCCGGCUCCCCUCACCCCCGCCACGCCCUCCUCCCUGGACCCCUUCUUCUCCAGAGAGCCCUCCUCUAUGCACAUCUCCUCCAACCUGCCCCCCGACACCCAGAAGUUCCUGCGCUUCGCUGAGACCCAUCGUACAGUGCUCAACCAGAUCCUGCGCCAGUCUACCACUCACCUGGCAGACGGCCCCUUCGCCGUGCUGGUGGACUACAUCCGCAUACUAGACUUUGAUGUCAAACGCAAGUAUUUCCGUCAAGAGCUGGAGCGUCUGGACGAGGGCCUGAGGAAGGAGGACAUGGCCGUUCAUGUGAGGAGAGACCAUGUCUUUGAGGACUCCUACAGAGAGCUGCACCGCAAGAGCCCAGAGGACAUGAAGAACAGACUCUACAUUGUGUUUGAGGGCGAGGAGGGCCAGGAUGCAGGUGGGCUACUGAGGGAGUGGUACAUGAUCAUCUCGCGCGAGAUGUUCAACCCCAUGUACGCGCUGUUCCGCACGUCGCCCGGCGACCGCGUCACCUACACCAUCAACCCCUCGUCCCACUGCAACCCCAACCACCUCAGCUACUUCAAGUUCGUGGGCCGCGUGGUGGCCAAGGCCGUCUACGACAACCGGCUGCUCGAGUGCUAUUUCACGCGCAGCUUCUACAAGCACAUCCUGGGCAAGAGCGUCAGGUACACAGACAUGGAGAGUGAAGACUACCCCUUCUUCCAGGGGCUGGUGUACCUGCUGGAGAAUGACGUGUCCACCCUGGGCUACGAGCUGACAUUCAGCACAGAGGUCCAGGAGUUUGGGGUGUGCGAGGUGCGCGACUUGAAGCCCAACGGUGCCAACAUCGUGGUGACAGAGGAGAACAAGAAGGAGUAUGUGCACCUUGUGUGUCAGAUGAAGAUGACCGGUGCCAUUCGUAAGCAGCUGGCGGCCUUCCUGGAGGGUUUCUAUGAGAUCAUUCCCAAGCGGCUCAUCUCCAUCUUCACGGAGCAGGAGUUGGAGCUGCUCAUCUCUGGCCUUCCCACCAUCGACAUUGACGACCUGAAGGCCAACACAGAGUAUCACAAGUACCAGGCCAGCUCCAUACAGAUCCAGUGGUUCUGGCGUGCCCUGCGCUCCUUUGACCAAGCGGACCGGGCCAAAUUCCUGCAGUUCGUCACGGGCACGUCCAAGGUGCCCCUGCAGGGCUUCGCCGCGCUGGAGGGCAUGAACGGCAUACAGAAGUUCCAGAUCCACCGCGAUGACCGCUCUACUGACCGCCUGCCCUCUGCACACACUUGCUUUAAUCAGCUGGACCUCCCGGCGUAUGAGAGCUAUGAGAAGCUGAGACACAUGCUGCUGAUGGCCAUUCAGGAAUGCUCAGAGGGCUUUGGACUGGCCUAGAGACUUUCCUUACACGUACACACACAAACACACACACACACACAUAUACACAAACUCAAACAACAUACACAUCUACUGACACACACACAGGUUUAGACUCACAUAUUGUUAACUUAAGACAAAACACACAUGCAUAUUCACACUAUCGUAGACAUGGCCAAGAUCUAUUUGUUUCUAAUACAUAUAAACCAGAUGGCAUUGGAGAGAUGAUGCAAGCCAGAGCGACUUAUUGACAUUUGCCUACUACACACAGAGCCUCACACAGACACACAGAACUGUAUUUGGUAUAUUUGUGUGUCUCCCUUCCCUAUUAAAUUGCAAAACCUGAGAGACGAUAAUGGAGGAUAAUACUUGGACUAAUAUGAGGAGAAGAAAAAAAAAAAAAAGAUGUUUCUCCAUUUAGUUUUUCUCUGUACAAAAGGUUUGGGAGUUUAUUAUGUUUAAUCUUUUUUUUCCUUUUGGCUGUGUAAAAAAAAAUGACAAAAAGACAAAAAGAGAAGGUUGUGCGUGUGAAAGGAUGGAUAUAAAACACUUGGGGGAAAACC